GAGGGACCGGCGGCGGCCGCGGAGGCGCGCCCCGGGGAAGAAGGGCUCCGCGCGGCGCGGGAUACAGAGGACCUGACACUUCUUGGAAACUCUUGGAAAUGGCUCCCGCCACCGCGCCCGAGGGGACUGCGAGCCCCUGGCGCAGGUUCGUCCCCGCCGGGCUGUCCACAUCCUCCCGCGCCCUGGGCUCCGGGGCGCUGUCCCUGCGCUCCGCCGUCGGCUCGGGCUGAAAAGUUUCUCCAUGGUUCUUUGUGUCUCCCGAGCUGCCCCGGUCUCCCUGGGAGGAGGUGACCAAGCAGCUAGUGGGCAGCUAGCGCUCCUCCUGCGCAAGCUUCGGCCCCAGCCCUAGGGGCUAGCCCUAGCACCGCACCAGUUCGCCAUGAUCGCCACCGGUGGCCUACUGAGGAUAUCCGCCAGAAAGCAGGACCCCCUCCGGCCCCCCAGCCAGGUCCCUAAGCGCAAGAAGAAAGCCAAGAAGAGGCGCAAAAACGACGUGGUGGUGGUGAAAGGCAGGCUGAAGCUUUGCUCCAUCUCGGGGCUCAUUGCCCUUUGCGGGAUCCUAGUGCUGCUGGUGGGCAUAGCCAUGGCUGUGGUGGGCUACUGGCCAAAAGCCAACGCAGUCAGCAGAGGCGGGAGCAAGCAGCUGCUGCCCAUGGGCAGCAGCCACCUCAUUGCGACCUCCGGCAACAGCAGCAGUGGCAGCAAAAACCCGACGAGGAACCACCCCGGGACCCCAGGGGGUGUCAACGCCAGUUCUGUGGGCGGGCCCAGGAGUUCGCCUCCCGCUCGAUCUGCAGCCACCUCUUCCUCCUCCUCCUCCUCCUCCUCCUCCUCCUCCCCCACGUCGGUGGGCUUCUUCUUCCGAAUCUUCUCAGGCUACUUGCACUCAGACAAGCUCAAGGUCUUUGGGCCCCUCAUCAUGGGCAUCGGCAUCUUCCUCUUCAUCUGCGCCAACGCAGUGCUCCACGAGAACAGGGACAAGAAGACGAAGAUCAUCAACCUGCGGGACCUCUAUUCAACGGUCAUCGACGUGCACAGCCUCCGCGCCAAAGAUCUGGCGGCGGCGGCAGCUGCGGCGGCGGCGGCCGCGGCCUCCUCCUCCUCCGCCGCCCCCAGCUCCGCGCCCCCGGGGACAGCGCCGCUCAACGGCUUUCUCAGCUACGUGCAAUCCCGGGGCCUGGAGCUGAAGCCCGGCAGCUGCGCGGGCUCUGCGGACGCCUUCGGGGCUGCUGCGAUGCUGGCCAGGGGCUCCUGGCCCCACUCCGUCGGGCUGGGGGGUGGCGGCGGUGGGACCCGGGAAGCAGGGUCCCCGCCGGACCUGGCGUCGUCUCCGCGCCGUCCGCGGGAGCCCCCGAGCCUGGCCGAGGCGGUGUACAGCAUCUACCGCGAGCGCUCCGGUGGGGCUGGCCGUCGCCGGACCACCGUUGCCACGGUGGCUGCGGCCACCGCCACUGUCACCGCGGCCGCCAGCGGAGGCAGCAGCCCGGCGCCCUGCAGCCCAACCGGGAGUUGGGGGCGCCAGAGCACCGCCAGCUCCCUCGUGGGCUCGUCGCUGAGCGCCUUCGCGCUGCUGCCUUUGCAAGGGGAGCGGGACAGAGAUCGGGACUCGGAGGGCGCCAGCUGCAGCUGGCACGGGCCGCCCGGGGAACGCGGCUCCCGGGAUCUCCCUAGGGGAGAACUGGACCUGAGCCUGACCGACCUCCGGGGAGCCGAGGGCGGCGCGCGCUGGGCGUCCUGCGAGCCGGAGGCGCCCGAGGGAGCGGCGCCAGCACGCACCACCAGGGGGCAGGGUGGCCGCCUGCCCAGGACCUGCAGGUACGCGGCCUGGAGGCGCCGCAGCACCAGCGGGCUCCCGGACUACCGGACGCCACCGUCGCCCGAACCCCCGCCCUCCCCUCGGGCGGCAGACCCGGACCCCAGCCCUCCCGAUACAGCCGCCACGCCCUCGCUUCCUCUGUCCCCCAAGGACUCGCCCCGCGUCCGUCGGGACUCCCACAGCUCUCAGUCGGAUGACCAGUCCAGCAGCAAUAAGGGCUACACCCCUCUGAGGGAGGCUGACACCUCCGUGGAGUCGGUCGUGGACGUGGUGGCCAGGAAAAGGCUAGAGUGUGUGGAUGCCUCCGAUCCGGGCACAGAGCACAGCUCCCCGGAGGGUCCCAGUGCAGAGCCAACUAGGGCAGAGCAGCCUGCGUCUGCGCAGAGGCAGUUUACAAACAAGGAGAAACUCUUUCUGAUAUCCAGGUCUCACACCCCAGGGGAAGAGGACCCUGAACUGGAAAACUCUCCCACCUAGCGGGAGGUGGGCCCGGAAAGGAGAGACGCCGGUAGAGUCUCACCAAACCCCUGCAUUAAAAGCCCCAACCCCCACCCCGAGUCCCCUGUGGACAGGUCCGAGGAAACCAUUCAAUAUCCAAAGAGCUGCAGAAUGUUAUCCUUGAAUUGCGUUCACAGGAUUCCUGUAGAUAACUCAGAUUUUUUUUUUUAAAGCAAAGUCACCUUUUUCUGUCCGAUGGUGAUUGUACACUCCAUGAAGACCAAACGUAUUAAAAAAAUCACAAUCUAGUUCAUUAGAUGAAAUUCUCUUAAUUUUCUUAGGAUCAAAAUGAUAUAUUUUUGACAGUAACUCUGCACUUUACCCCAAUUUUUCUCUGCCUGCCCAACUUCCCUGCCCCCUGCUGCUGACCUCUUCCAUAGCUGCUUGUGAAUGGGUGAUGAGCUUCUUAUUUCAACCCUCUUCCGGAACCUAGAAGCAUUUGGAUCAGUUCUCUUAGAACUGAUCUUUCUAGGUGGAGUCAAAGCCCAAACAUGGGUGCGCGGGAAAGAGGACUCCUUUUGGCUAGCCCGCUCUGCUCCCAGGCUCUCCAGAGGACUCUAUUUUUUAAAAGGAUAUUCGAAUUCUGCUAUCAGGGUAUGUGAAGCCUGCAGGGCGUCAGCGACUAGACUGGAUCGUUACAUUCCUAAACUCACGACACCAAGUCCACCAUGCGUCACUGAGUAUUAUCACACCUGUAUGGAAAACAACAUUAAUAUUUAAAAUCUUUUAUAAUAAUAAAAAAAGCGCUUCCAA